AUGAAAGACAUGAAAAGGAAUUUGAAGAAGGGGACGUUUCCAACAAUUUGGAAAAAAUCCUCUCAAACACUAUCAAAGCGGAGUCGACGAUCGGUGAGUGAAAUUACAAUGUAUUUGCGCUGUGCUUAUCACCAUUAUAUUUAUUUCCCCUUUUACCUGUGACAUGAUUUUUUCUGGCAUCGGAUUUCAAUAUUCGUGUAAUGAAUGCUCUGACUAUUUGGACUUCCCAUAUUGUUGCAUGUGUUUUCAUACUUUUCUGCUUUCUUCUCAUAGUUAUAGUAAAACGGGCAUUUGCGCUGAGUGGACGUGAAGUCAAUUCUCCAAUUCCCAGACCUUUCCACUCAAGCGUAAAAUUUAGAAAAAGUGAAGCUACAUAGAAAUCCGGCUCUCUAUUUUUUGAGAGAUUAACUUGCUGUUACUUUGAGAUUUGACAGUACUCCAAACUUCCCUCCAAGAAAUAUUACAGCAAAUUAAGAGUUACACGCGAGUCUUUUAAAACGACCAAAAAUGGACUUAGGCCCAGUUCAGACGUCGUGCUUCUGCCGUGCCGAACUAAAUUCAGGAAUUAAGUUCGACAAAAGCACGGCAGAAGCACGGCGUCUGAAUCGAACUUUUGAAUUAAGUUCGGCAAGAAAUUAAGUUCGACAAGCUCUGCCGUGCUACACGGCUCCGGCACGGCAGCGAUUCAAACGUCGUGCUUCUGCCGCGCUAAACAAAAUUCAUAAAUUAUAUUAAUGUAUUUUGGCGAGAUUGCGUUCCCACGGGGAGUUGGGAGAAGAAUUGUUACGAGUCAUCAGUAAAUCCUGAAUUUGGUUCGACUCUGGCACGACGUCUGAAUCAAAGUUGUUUUCCUGCCGUGCUACAGUCGAACCGAAUUACAAUUACGUUCGGCACGGCAGAAGCACGACGUCUGAACUGGGCCUUAGUCUGAUUUCUACAUUCUAUGAGUUCAGUUACUGUUUGUGGUUUUUUUUUGUUUGUAUUUUAAUUCUAUUUUCACUGUCUGCAAAUGAUGCAUACAUUUUAAGGCAAAGAUGUGGUUAAACCUUGCUUCCAUUUCUAGUUUUGAAAACAUCGACAUAAAGCUCAAAUUUAAACUUGUUUUGAAGGGGAGAUAUAAAAAAUGGUCGUACCUAUUUUCAUUUUUAGCUACUAAAUGAAAUUCUGGCUGGUCAAACUACUAAUGAGGAUACAGAGGAAGAAGACAAUCCUGAAGAAGAGGUGAUCUCUUUAAAAGGAAGUUCUGCACCUGAGGAGAGUGCUAACACUAUGGGCGCUCCCAAUCUCAACCCUGAGGAGUCUCCAGAAGUCAAGGGUGUUCUGAAUACAAGUCAGGGUUCUUUGCUUGAGGUAAAUCCUGAAAAGGAGGGCUGCAUCCCUGAGACUGAGACGGGUGAGAUAAAUGUUGAUGCUGAGAUGGCUUCAGAGGUCCUAGGUACUCCUGGUGAUAAGACAGCUCUCGAGAGCCAAGGGAUUUCAGGCACUGAUGAGGUUACUGAGACCAUGCAGAUCCUGGAGGCUCAGGGAAUCGAAAAAGUGCAGGAUAUGGAUGAAGUUAUGCAGAUUGAUGAAUCCUUAACGAUUCCUGAACUUGAACAGGUUUCUAUGGUAGGCGCAUAACUCUAAUUAAUGUUUAUUUGCAUCUUUGAAUUAUCAUAACAAUAGAAAACUACAUGUGCAGUUAUUUUACAACAAUACUAAAACACAAAAAUUCUAAAGUCUUGUUAUUACAGCUUGUAUUAAUGUUGAAAGUUUGUUUUUUGUAGGAUACUCCAACUGGACAUGCUGGGAAUUGUGCAACAUGCAAAACCCUGAGGAGUGAGGUGACUCAGUUAAGGGGCAAAGUCACAAGACUGAAGAGUAAGUUAAUCUCCAAUCAAGAUCAGUGGGUUGAAACCUUUAAGAGCAUACAAGAGCCAAAGUGGUUCCUGAUGGUGAAUGCUGGUGAGUCAAAAAUAAUUUAUGUUGAUGAGUCAUAUAGGCAUAACUGCCUAUCUUCAUAUUUUUAUUAUAUUUUAUCAAUAUUUGAUUAUUUAAUAAUAAUUAAAAUUUUAAUGGUGAUAGAAUUUUUUUAAUUCCAUUUGUUUAAGCUAUUCAAACUGAUCCAUGGCCAGUAACAAAUGAGACAGAGUUAGGGCUAGAGGAUGAAUCAGAAGAUGAGCAGGAAAUGCAGGACGACGCGUAUGAGGAGUUUGAGUGUGAUGAAGACCCUACAUGGAGUCCUGAAGAAAUCGAAGAUGCAUAUAAAAAACUAAAGGAAGAUGAUGACUCGGUGAAGACUCAUCAGAACCCAAGGUACAAAGAUGCAAAAUUUAUUGCAUUUUAACAUCUUAGCUCUAAGUAUCCUCUGGGAAGUGAUUUAGGCCUAAAACUAACUUCCAUUAUGAGAGGAUCUAUUUAGAAACAAGAGUACAUGAAAUUUGUUUUUUAAUUUACUCAGAUAAGAAUUGCAAAAAAAAAAAAAGAAGAAGAGGCAUAAGUCCCAGGUCUAAAAAUGUUUGGUUUGUUCACUCAACCACUUGUAAUAAAUUAUGCAUCGUUGGGGUGGGCUAGAUAGCUUAAGGGCUCAAAGUUGUCAUGUGUGCCAUCAACAGAAUUAUUAUAAAAAAGCAUUUUUCAGGAUGUAUGUGAGAAUAAAAUCCCAACCCACAAUUAGCCAGGUUUACAACAAGUUGAAAAACUGGCAACACCCUGAGAAAAACAAUAAAAAUGAUAAUCAUUUUUUUUUAUUGUUAUUUUAUUAUUUCAGAUGCUAUGAUUAAAUGAGUAUUUCCUUUCAAUCAUUUUUUACAGGUUGGAUCUACAAGGAAAAAACAUUCGAGAGGAACCGAAGGGAAUUGUUUUCCUUUCCAAACUUCUUCUUUUGUUUCAGUUCUGCCACUUGUGCUUCUUUUCAAAACCCAAACUUUCUGUAUCACAGACAGGUACCUUGUUAACCGUAGAACGUUUCUGCAGAAACUGUAGCCAGACAAAAGUCUGGAAGAGUCAACCAGACCUGCUAGGAAAGUUUCCAGCAGGUAACCUGCUAUUAAGUUUUGCAGUGCUCUGUGAGCCGAGAGAAAAGAAAGAAAUGAUACAUUAA